AAGUAUUGGGACCCAAUAUGCAAAUUCCCCUCUAUAAAUGCUUCCUACUUUGAGCAAGCACAAGCACACAUAUCCAUAUUUACAAUGCUAUCUUCUUCUCAAUUCUUUUUCCUUUCUAUUCUCACCCUGCAGUGCCUCACAGGCCUAGCAGCAAAAUGCCACGUAGACGAUGAAGCCGGGUUGUUAGGUUUCAAGUCGGGUAUCACAUCCGACCCGUCGGGCCUUCUUGCAAGUUGGAAAACGGGUACUGAUUGUUGUACUUGGUCGGGUGUAUCUUGUGGGGAAGACAAUCGGGUCACAGGACUACAGAUCUAUGGACAACCCGAGAAAAAACAAAUCUUGUCGGGUACCAUCUCGUCUUCUCUUUCCAAACUAAAAAGACUAGCAAGUAUUAAUCUUGUAAAUCUUAUAAACUUAUCGGGUACACCGAAUUUUCUCCUUACUCUACCUGAAAUUCAAAUUGUUUACAUUGAAAACAACAAGUUAUCGGGUCGUAUACCCGCAACCAUUGGUAACUUGACCCAACUUUUUGCACUGAGUUUCUCGGGUAACCGGUUAACCGGCCCGAUACCGAGUUCAAUCGGUCAGUUAACUCAAUUGAGCCAGCUCAAACUCGGUAACAACAUGCUCACUGGCACUAUACCCAAGACAUUUAGCAAGCUCAAGAGCUUAACUUUUUUGAGUUUAAAGAAGAAUCAGCUCGCUGGGUUAAUACCAAACUUCUUUACUUCCUUGUCUAACCUCAUAAUCUUGGAACUUUCUAACAACAAAUUUACUGGGAAAAUUCCAAGUAGUAUUGCAACUUUAGCUCCACAAUUAAGGUACCUUGAGCUAGGACACAAUUAUUUAACAGGUCAAAUACCAGAUUUUCUUGGAAAAUUCCGUACUCUAGACACAUUAGAUCUUUCUUCGAACAAGUUCUCAGGAACUGUACCGAAAUCCUUUGCAAAUCUAACCAAAAUAUUCAAUCUUGAUCUUUCUCACAAUCUUCUUGUCGACCCAUUUCCACAAUUGUUCGUAAAAGGUAUUGAGUCUUUGGAUUUAUCGUACAAUAAUUUCCACCUUGGUACAAUACCAAGUUGGAUCACAAGUUCUCCAAUUAUAUACUCAUUGAAGCUAGCUAAAUGUGGGAUCAAGAUUAAAUUGGAUGAUUGGAAACCGAAGACGACUUAUUUUUACGAUUAUAUUGAUCUUUCGGGUAAUGAGAUUAGUGGAAGUCCAAUUGGGUUGUUGAACAAGACUGAUUUCUUGGUUGGAUUUUAUGCUUCUGGGAAUAAAUUGAAGUUCGAUUUGGAGAAGUUAAGGAUUGUUCAGACAUUGAAGGAUUUGAAUUUGUCUAGGAAUAUGGUUUAUGGUAAAGUACCGAAGGCAAUUUCUGGACUAGAGAAGUUGAAUUUGAGUAGUAAUCAUUUGUGUGGUCAGCUUCCACCAUCAAAGUUUGGGGCUAAUUCUUUUGCUGGAAAUGCUUGUCUUUGUGGUUCACCAUUGCCACCCUGCAAAUCUUAGUGCAAAAUCAGCUUCUUUUCUUUUUUCUGCAACUUUUGAUUGUGUUUGAAUAGUAUUGUAUCACUCAUAUUGCUAAUAAUUUGGUGUUUUACAACCAGAUUGGGGCACUUUUGUUCAAUAAAUGCUUGCAUUUUAGAGCAGUA